AUGUUGGUCAAUGGAAUUCCCCCUGCUCAUCGUAUUGACUGCUCUCAGCGGCCAAAGAUCCGCCUCAAGGUUCUUGGCCAAAAGCCGACUUCCAACUCGGUAAAACAAAAGUGUUCCUGGAAAGACGCGCAUGAUCUGUAUCUUGAACAGGAGUACUUCCGGAUGAUGAAUGAGAGAGCGAUUACGAUACAAAAGACAGUGCGCCGGGUGGCUCGAAGGCAAUUCUUGCGGCAACACAAUCUGCCAUUAUCGUCGGCAUCACCCGUCUCCAAGCUUGGCUCCGUGCCAAACGCCUCGAAGAACAUUAUCAAAGCUUGCGGCUACGAUUAUUCGAUUCCAGGCAAUUCAGGCAAUGCGCGCAAAGGGCAAGCGAAGGCCAGCGAGAUGGCAAAGCCACCAUCACCAGAGCCAGAAAUUAAUGGAAAUAUGGCCGCACCGGAGAAAGAUAUCGUGACGACCACCCCCAGCCCGUCCACUUCUAUGAUGGAUGAUCCGUUUGAUGGCGAAGAUUUGAGCAAAUAUCAAUUUGGGAAAUUUGCCGCCACCCAUUUCCAGGCUCAAGCCACUUCAUCCCAUGUCAAGAGACCAUUAAAACAAACCUUGUUGUACAAUGAUGAUCCGGGUAGUCAACUGGCUGGCUUGGCUGUCUGGAUGACAAUGCUUCGUUUAUGGGUGACUUACCGGAUGCAAAGCCUGAUCGAUCAAUGG